AUGGCAGCCCCCAACAUGGGCCUCCUGCUGCCGCUGGGGCUCUGCCGGUUCAGUUCCUGCGGGUGGUCCCUGUGCAGUCCGUUGGGAGGGACCCUGACCGCAGACACUCCGUCCCCUCUGCCUGCCCCGUGGCCCCGGGGAGCGGACUGCCCCGUCCUGCAUACCGUGGGUGCGCUUGAGCUGGCGGGCGUUCGCGAUCAGGAACUCUAUCUGGUUGGAGCCCUCGUAGUUGACACAGCCCCGGCAGACCACCUCGCUGAAGUCCCACACCACGGUCCAGGGCAUCUUGGGCAGGUCACACAGGAGCAGACCGAGGCAGUCCCACAUCCUCCCCCUCUGUGCCGGAGAAGAGGCUCUGAUCCCCGCAGAAGAGACUGUAUCUUCAGUGUUUGUUUACCCCCGCGGCCUCCGUGUGCUGCUGUCACGGUCCCGUCAGGCGGACUGGCCUUAUGUAACACAGAGCUGGUGCAUUGUGGGAACAGUAGUCCUCCUAACUUGUUAGAUCAGUGCGAAGGAGCGCACAAGAACUACAGCAGAGGAGCGGAAGUACCACUGGCCCCGCCCCCUGGCCCCGCCCCCUGGCCCACAGAAAGCGUGCGUCCAAACAACGCGUUCACAACUUUCAUGCUUUGUGAGGACGAGGGUCCGGGCCCAGAGACCCACGCGGAGCUGCAUCUAGCAGAGGCCCUACAGGAGGCCCUACAGGAGUCUCUACAGGAGGCCCUACAGGAGGCCCUACAGGAGUCCCUACAGGAGUCCCUACAGGAGUCUCUACAGGAGGCCCUACAGGAGUCCCUACAGGAGUCCCUACAGGAGUCCCUACAGGAGUCCCUACAGGAGGCCCUACAGGAGUCCCUACAGGAGUCCCUACAGGAGUCCCUACAGGAGUCCCUACAGGAGGCCCUACAGGAGUCCCUACAGGAGUCCCUACAGGAGUCCCUACAGGAGUCCCUACAGGAGUCCCUACAGGAGUCCCUACAGGAGUCCCUACAGGAGUCCCUACAGGAGUCCCUACAGGAGUCCCUACAGGAGUCCCUACAGGAGUCCCUACAGGAGUCCCUACAGGAGUCCCUACAGGAGUCCCUACAGGAGUCCCUACAGGAGUCCCUACAGGAGUCCCUACAGGAGUCCCUACAGGAGUCCCUACAGGAGUCCCUACAGGAGUCCCUACAGGAGUCCCUACAGGAGUCCCUACAGGAGUCCCUACAGGAGUCCCUACAGGAGUCCCUACAGGAGUCCCUACAGGAGUCCCUACAGGAGUCCCUACAGGAGUCCCUACAGGAGUCCCUACAGGAGUCCCUACAGGAGGCCCGGCCUCCGUUGUAUUCAGAGAGCACUAGGACCAGCCAGAGCACCAAGUUCCAGUGUCCUGCAGACUUUGUGUCCUUCUCCUAUAAGCCCUGCAGCUCCACGCUGAAGGCUCACAGCAGCUCAGAGCUGUGGCUCAUCAAAGCUCCGGCCAGCUUUGAGCCACAAUGCUUCACCGGUGUUCAACUGCCCCUCCACGGCAUGAGUUCACUUGGCGUCCCAUCCACAGAUGGGGGGGAGCUCACAUACACUGUCCUGAGCUCUUCCCGUCACUGCUCCAAGCUCCGUCUCCUCACCUGCCCCAAGGAUACCCCCAGCACCACCUCCUUAGGCCCACCCUUUACUGGCCUCAUCAGCAUCAACCAGAGCUAUGGGUUGAGUGCAGACUGUGACCAGGCUCUCCACACCAUCCCUGCCCUUCCACAGCCUGCCCUGCCCCCUGGACUCAAACAGAGGUUUCAAUACACAGCAGUGUCAGUGGGGAAGAAGAGGAGGAGGGAGAAGAGGGUCAAAACAGAAGAGCCGUCAGAGAGCACAGUGCGAGAGGAGGGCACACAGUGCAGUGUCAAGGCAGAGGUCAAAGUUGAGCCUCUGGAGCCAGAGUACACCCAGACCCAACAAGACCACAGAAGCAGCAAGAAGAAGAAGAGCAGGAGCAACACUGCUAAAUAG